GCGGUAGCAGUGCCCACUGCCCACUUGUUGCUGGUUUACUGGUGCUGUGCACGGCCGCUCGCUGGGGUAAUCAUGUCUACCAGACGGGACUGGGCUACUCUAGAGGCGCUGGCACUUAGUCCUAAGGGGCAACUGAGGUACAGCCGGGAUGCUGGCUUAGAGGAUAUCCUGGCGGCUAGUGAAGACUCCUGCAAGAUCUCUCCUUAUUGUGCUUGGGUUCUGAAUAAUAUUGUCACUAAGCAAACUGAAGACAUCCCUCUCGCCAUAGAGUUAUCAUCUCCACCCAAAUCACAUGACAAGCCAGAAACGGAGUUUUGUAAACCAUCUGAGGAUUCUCUUACGGAAACAAAAAGCCCCGUCAAACUGAACUCGUCUAGAGUAGAAGGCACCAUUUUGUUAUAUGAAUCAUGGAGAAAGAUGGAUACGCAGGAUAAACUGCAACAGCGUGUGGAGCUCAUGGAGCAACAUAGUAAAGCUGUCGCUAAUCAGGCAGUAGAGCAGCUGAAGCGAUAUGAUGAGAUGAUGGAGCUGAAACUGCGGCAGGAACAGGAUCAGCGCAGAGAGAUGCUGGAAAAGAGUUACAAAGAAGCUUUGGGACAGCAGGAGAAACUGAAAGAACAGCAUCGGCACCGAGCGAAGCUUCUGAAUUUGAAGCUGCGUGAGGCUGAGCAGCAGAGACAGCAGGAACAGGAGCGAUUGCGCCAGGAGGAGGGUAGAGAGAGGAUGCGCAAGCUUUGUGCUCUGCAGCAGGAGGUGCUGCAGCUGGUCCAGCAGAUGGAGCCAAAUUACAAACAGCAGGGGAGCCUGAGACUAGACCUGUCCGCGUACAGCAACCGUGGGAACCAGCUAUGCAGCAUGCUGUCUAAUGUCGUCCGCUCCUGCAGUGAGAGAGGGUUUCCUACCCAGGAGGACAUCAGUGUAGGUGAUCGUGCGGUGCAGGAGAUGAGGGCACUGGUCAGCAACAUGCACAGAGACGUCGCUGCUGCAGAGGGAAAGAAACGAGCAGAAGAAGACGCUGCAAAGGAGAAACAGAAAGCAGCGGAGAUCGAGCAGCAGGCGAAAGCGCAGGCUCCUGCCCCAGCCCCACACCAGAUACAAACAAGAAAGCAAGGGCUCCAGAAAAAAGCACCAAAAAGCUUAUUGCAGCGGUACCGGCAGACACUAAAUAAGUGUGACGAGUGUCUGAAAUCCAUUGACCAGCUAAUUACAAGCAAAGACACCCAGGUAAAGAUGAUGAAGACAGAACUUCAGAAAGCCGUCACUACUCCAGUUGCCCAGAUCUCAACGAUAGGAGGAACGCGGUUGAGGGACAUUUUUGAUAAGCUCAAUAACCUACUGAUAGGAAAGGAAGUUAGCUCCAGAAAUCGGUCGAUCUCAGUAAAGGCGCACCCUCAGGGCUUGGAAUUUGCUUAUUAUAAAUUGGCUGAGAAGUUUGUGAAACAAGGCGAGGAGGAAGUGGCUGCACAUCACGAAUCUGCAUUCUGCAUUGGAGUAGUGGUUUCUGGGAUUUGGGAGCUUCAUCCCAGGGUUGGUGAGCUCUUUCUGGCUCACCUGUACAAGAAGUGUCCUUACACUUUACCUUAUUACCCUAGUUACAAGGAGGGGACCCCAUUAGAGGAUUACCAAAGGGAGUUAGGCUACCUGGUGGUUAAUGGUAACGUGGAGCAGCAAGAUGUCUUUCUGAAGCGCAUGUCGGGAAUGAUCCGUCUGUAUGCAGCCACCAUUCAGCUACGGUGGCCUUAUGGGACCGGCCAGGGGCCCCACCCCCAUGGCCUCAAUCAUGGUUGGAGCUGGCUAGCACACAUGUUAAAUACUGAGCCGCUGUCGGAUAUCACUCCAACUCUUCUCUUCGACUUUUUAGAGGUGUGUGGGAAUGCAUUAUUGGAACAAUAUCAAGGACAAUUUUGGAAGCUGCUCCAGUUACUGAAGGAUGAAUAUAUCCAGAGGAUUGAGAUGAACGUUGACUCUACACAGAUGGGGGCAGUCAAUCGACUAAGAGAGUUCCUGCGGGUCACAUUUCAGCAUAAAGAAAUCCCUCUCCCUAAAGGGUAUUUGGAGCCGUCGUUCUGGAGGAGAUGAUCAUAAACCGGAUGUUAUACGUUUCUGCCCAGACAACCUGAAUAGAACACGGUUUUCAGCUAAUUGUGUCAGACCCUUUUAUCACCGGAGAUUUUUUUUUAUUAUUAAAAAUGGCUUUAGGUUGUGAACAAUCUAAUACUUUCAGCAGCCGCACAUGUCUGCCUGAUCACCAGGAAUAGAAAUACAAUGGUGUUUUAACUCUAAACUUUCUAUUGUGAAUCAGCAUGAAGUAAUCAAGGCUAAAACGUUUUGAGGUUAGACCUGAGCUAAAUGAAGAUAUGGCCCUUCAUUUCUUUAUUCGGGACAUGAUACUCAAAUGUUGAGGCACAUGAAAGUGAUGCAGCAUAGCUGUAAAAAGUGGACUGUAAAAUAUCACCUGAAUAUCUCUAUGUUAAAAAGAAAGACAUUUUACCUCAAAAUGUCCUAAGUAUUCACUCCCAUUGUACAGGACUUUAAGCAGCCAAUCGGUAUGCUUGUCCCGGGACAUGCAAGGGAGCGAGCCUCAUGCACACAUUGACGUGUGAAUAGAGGAUCUCUAGGUGGGGGAAGCUGCUGUAGCAGUGAAAAGAAAAAAAAUGUAUUUUUUUUAACAAAAUGGCUGCUUUGUAAACUUUGAUUAAUGAAAGUGCCCCUGUUUUUAAUAGUAUUUUUAAAAAACGGCUUUCAUUCACCAAAGUUUACGUUCACUUUAAGGAAGUUUACUAUGAAAUCUCAUGAGAUCACAGUAAAAGAGUUUGACCUCAGCACUGCUGAUGCUGAUUGGCUGCUGUUCAUUUCUUCCUCCUUUUUUUUUUUUCCCUGCAGCUUGGUAGUAACUAAGAUAUUUUUUUACACAGCACUUACUCCGGUGAGCUGAGGAAAUUUUGAGGUAAAAUAACUUUUUUAUUUACAUAGAGAUACUCAGGUGAUAUUUUCUAGUCAGCUUUUUACAGUGAUUUAUCAUUUGGGUAUCAUGGCCCUUUAAUUCUUUCCAUAAUAUAGAAACAAAUUAAGGAAACAUUCAAAUGAAUGAACAGCGGUAUUUGUUCAUUUGCUUUGUUUCGUCAGUGAACACAUUUUGUCGUUACUACUAUGUACUCCUUGUAUGUGCUGUUCCCCUGACACACAAGGGGUUUAUUUGUAACCGUUGUUUUUACAAUAAGUAAUAUACUUGCUAUCCCCUGGAAUAUAUAAAAAUCCUACUGCCCCGAUUAGUUUAGCUCAGAAGAAGAUAGCUCCCUACUGCAUGUUGGUCUCUUCUUUUAUUAGAAUUAAAGGGACGUGUACCGUAAAUACCUGCUGAAGUGUAUUAAAGGGACAUGAAAUCCACCGUUUUAAACAACUUUCCAACUGACUUGUUAUCAAAUCUGCUUCAUUCUCUUAGUAUCCUUUGUUGAAGGAUCAGCAAUGUGCUACUAGGAGUUACCUGAGUGAGCCACUAACGAGGCAUAUAUGUGCACCCACCAAUCGGUAGCUAGCUCCUACUAAUGCAUUGCUGCUCCUGAGCCUGCCUAGAUAUACAUUUCAACAAAUGAUACCAAGAGAAUGCAUCAAAUAAGAGAAUUGUAUAAAGACGCCGCUAUAUCUGAAUUUUGUUACUAUAAUUUAUUAACAAAUGGCUUUUUCACCGUUAUUUUGCCAUGUAAAAAAUAGCUCUUGAAACCACCACCUAUACUGAAAAUAAUCAGUACAUAAAACGCAAAUGGUAUAACACAGUACACUGUCCCUUUACUUUAUAUCUAGGUACCAACAUUUCCUAGAACAGAGGGAGAGCACAUACUUUUUUUAUCCAAUGUCACAUGCAAAGUACCUUACAGAUUUACUAGAUGUUUGUUACCAUGAGAGAUGUUAUUGGAUUUUAUCUUUGAAGGGACAGUAAAGCUCAAAUUACACUUUACUGGGUCAGUUAGAGAAUGUCAUUUUAAACAAAUUUCCAAUUUACUCCUAAAAUUUGUUUUGUUCUCUUGCUAUCCUUGGUUGAAGAGUAAAUCUGCAUAGUUUGAGUAAGGCAGCAGUGUUUUGCAACCCUGUUUGUAGCUGUUAUACACUGGGCCAACACUGCUGCCUUAGAGUACCAGACACGUGCAUGCUCAUGAGUUCCUAUGAAACUGUAGAUUUACUCUUCAACAAAGAAUACCAAGAUAAGUAAUUUGCUAAUAUAACUAAAAUGGAAUGUUGUUUAAACAUUCAUGAUUCAGAUAGCGCUGGAAAUUUUACUGUCCCAUUAAAGAGAAAAUCAAAAUGGCUCAGUUUAAUUAGAUAGAUUAAAUUAUGUGACAGCUACUUGUCUGUCCAACUUGGGGACAACCACAUAUUGGCUACAAUGAACUAAACUGAAGAGUUUGUGUAUAAAAUGUAUAUUUUAAUAAAAAAAAACUUUUUGACACUA